CAACAGGGUCUACUGUUUUUGCUGUAGAUAGAACACUGGGGUACGAGAAAAAAUUUUAAUUUCUGCACGGUACGCAAAAAUAACCGCAGCCUCGGACAAAGGACAUGACAUAUCUCACUGGUUCCUUGUUCAUUAAACAAGAGAAGAUGCUGCGUUCAUAAUGAUGAAUCGCGAGGGUGAGCAGGAUUUCAUUCUAACAGAUGAGGACGGCGAGCCAAUGGGGAGUGGCAUUGUUCAAUGUCGGUUCAAAAGCCAAUCCGUUCAAAAAUUCCCUGCAAUGCUGUGUCAACAUUCUUCUUGAUCCGCCCCAUAAUCUUUUUUUUCUUAUUUACUGUUUCUCCUCUUGUUACUUGUUUUCCACCAAUUUACUGCUCUAUUGUUUUCAAACCUUUCAUCAUUGAUUCUUUCCAAAGCACAGAUCCAUUUAUCCAAGAACAACAGGUCUUAGCAUCUUCCUUACUUGCGGCGAUCACGUCAUGCACACUACUCGUCGAAGUAAUACGGUGCCUACGUCGCUUGGCAAUAAGAUCGCACCGGAGGAUUCGCAAAAGACAAGGUUUUUGCCCAUACCGGAACAUUUGCUUCCAGGCGUCCGCGCCCUGUUGCCCAAGAUCGAUGAUCUGUUGAACCAAGAGCAGCAAUCCGAUGAAAAUGUUUCGGAAGCGGCGCAAUACUUCCGCCAACAUCUCUCUUCUUGGAUCGUCGCAUGCACUAAUGCCACUUUGGCCAAAAAAUCGAGCCCUUUACCGACGCGAUCGCAAACUUCGCGGUGGGGUUCGAUUCUCAGGAGAAAAAACAAGCACAUUGUCCCGCUGCAGAUCGCUGCCAUAACCAACAAACCGGAAAAUAUUUCCGACUGUCAAUAUUUGGACCGCAGUACAGAAAGCAUCUUGGAGCACGGUGUUUCGACUGGUUCACAUUCAGUAUCCAGUUCCCCUGAAUCCGUGAAACCGCCUCGACGGAAUAUCUCCGGGAUCAUCUUCAGCCUUGGCAACAAAGUCCGCAAUAUUAUAAAGCGAAUUCCUAGUAACCCUCAGCACCGCAACCUCCUCGGCAACCAUGACACCUCACCCUCACCUCAUCCUUCCCAUACCACGGUGCCAGAGACUUCGCAGGUGGAUUCUACUUUCAGCAGCGCUCGUCCAGCCAAAACUUUAGCGGACGGCACCGUCAAUCCUCAGAUGUCACGCAGCGAGCAAGUGUUGUUCCUUGGAACGAAUCAUGAUCGACUUUCGAAUAACGGGUUUUCAGUGGUGCAGCAAGAUGCAUCGUACCCAUAUGAAGGCACGCGCUCCGUUUCUGACGUCAGUGAUUCGGCUACACCUGAAUCGAUCGAAACGACGUCUGAUUAUCCGUUGGAAGACAUCGAUUUGGAUGACGAGGGACCUUAUUAUCCCAAUGCGCUGAAUCUGAGAACAGAGUUUGACACGGGGAUAGUGUACACCUUGCCGCUCUGGAAACCCAAUCAUGCAGAAAAAAGCUUUCUAGAUGCGCCCCAGAUACCCGCUCAGAAUAAACGUGUCAAGUUCAGCAAGACCGAAACUCAUUUGGCACACGAGAAUUCGGUACCUUACAUCAAGAAAAAUAUGGGAAGAAAAGAACCGGCGGUAGAAGAAAACCAAUUCCACCCGCGAUCCAUUUCACUGACGCCGCUGUCUCCUUUAUGGGAAUCGCAGCUCGAUACGGAGCAACAACGUUAUGAGAAUGCAUCAUUCGUGUUGAAAAGUGUGGCAGAAGCGAUCCAUGGCCUCAUUUUUGAAAGUCACACUCAAGGCUUUUUCAAAUCCGAUCCCGCAUUUACAGCUCAUCCUUGCUUAUGCGAUGACGAUCCGGAUACUUCUAGCCUGCUCUACAAUUACCUUCCUACCACCCACUGGGAAGAGAUAUACGAUCAAAUGGCCUAUAUCAUUGAAUGCAGUUCGACAUCGGUGGAGCAUGCCAUUAUUAUGCUUAUCUAUAUCGAGCGUAUGCUGACCACUUCUCAGCAGCAUAUUUGUGAUGCAAACUGGCGAUACAUCCUGUUAGCUGGCAUGCUGGUGACCGUCAAAGUGUGGGAUGACUGCGCAGUCUAUAAUUCAGAUUUCUUGAACAUGUAUCCGGAAAUGGACAGGGACUUGAUGUAAGUACAUGAAUCUGUGAUACAGAAUCCGAUAUCUCUGGUGCUAACUGUGUUUAGGAACCUGUUGGAG